AUUUGUCCACCCUUGACCUUUAACAAAACUGCCUUAUCAUACUAAGUGUCUACAUUAUUUUAGACGAACACCAACUGUAAAGAACACACUUAAAGAUUGAAGAUGGUCAAGGCGGUGUGUGUUUUGAGUCCAGGAUCAGCUACAGGAAUCACGGGAACAAUCACAUUUACUCAAGAGGUUUAAAUAAUAAUUAUUUAUGCCUACGCCAUACACAGUUACACUACUACCGAGUACUACUACUACUACUAAGACGACUAAGUCUACUACUUGCUCAGUCUUGUCUUAACUUAGUCUUAAAUUUAAGUAAAACUAAGUCUAAAGUAGGCCCAGGAUGCCUACUCUUCUUAUCUUGUUAUUGAAUCGCUUUAAAAAGAAAAGUGAAAUUAUUACUAAUAUUACUAAAUAUUAGUCAUAUUUGACUUUAUAUUCUUAGUUAAGUGCUAAGCCUAAGCAGGCAUAGCAGUAGCAGCAUAGCGAACACUCCAUCCAUUACUUGAAGUCUAAGUUGAUCUUGAAGAAGCUUUUGGACUAUUUAAAUUUAAAUGCAAAAAAUAAGGUAAAUUUUGGGUUAAUGGGUAUGGGUUUUGCCAAGAGUUGUUUCACCCUAAGCGCAGUGAUUCAGUUUCAGUGAUAUAACUUUGGCUUGGGGAAUCCCAACACUGGCCCUGGACUUGGACUAAGGGUGAAUAGACCUAUUGAUCUAUUAAUUGUAGGAUCCGAACGAUGUGUGUGAUUCCCUGUUCUUUACCUAGCAUUACUCACAUCAUUAACGAUAUGGUUAGUUAAUAUAAUUGUGAAGUAUAUUAAUAUUAUUAAAAUGAAAUUUUCCAUUAAUGUGUAUUAAAAUUCAACUUACACGUUUCAAAAGAAAAGAAACACUUCCUUGCCGAUACGCCAAGACCCAACAUGUGCCAAAGGUGCUGUAUUUUGAUUAGUUGAAAAACAAAAAACCCAAAUGUUAAAACUUCGGUAACAAAAGGAAGACUACUGCUUAAAUUGCAUUUGUAAUGAUCUUCUAGGGUCUGGGGGAGGAGGGGUCUCGGACAAGUGAAAGGCCUUGCUCCAGGCAAAACCCGUCCCCCAAUUUCAAAUAGAAAACAAAAACUUAAAUUAUUAUGUGAAAAUGAACAUCUAAAUAUUUUUAGUACGCCGCUGUAGAUGGAAGUUGGCCUUUGGGGUCGUCCCCCCCUGACCUAUAUACCAUGGAACACAUCGCCGGCCUUACCACUAACCUGAAAUAACCAAAAAUAAUAAUUAAAAUGGUAAUACUAAUAUUAUUAGAUUUAGACCAGGCUUUUCUAAGUGUUCAAUAAUAGCUAUUUCUGUAAAAACAUUUAUAAGGGCCAGACAUUUUUUUUCCUUACAUCAUUGGACCAUGAAAGGCCUAAGCUUAUUAAUUGUGAUUUUUCUAUAAUUAUAAUGAAUAGGCCUUGUUAUUAGUAUUACCAUCAUUAUUUUUAUCAGUUAAACACUAACACAUGGUAACCAUUUAGAGAAUAAGUGACGUGAUCAAGGUAUCAAGUCAAGACUCGAGUAUUUCUGGCAAAAUUUAUCUAGGGGCUCUAUAACACUGCCACACUCUGCAAAACACUUCAUAAAAUAAUACGGUUCAUCUUUAUUCUCGGGAUCUGCCACAAGAAUCCACAUAUAUCUACAUUCUGUGUGUGGAAUCCAGUGACAGCGACAUUUGGAUCAACAAUGUUUCGUUGAUGGACCACAACAGAAUAUUUGUAGAUUCUGUGCCUGGUUUGAAUUAUGCUUUCAUAAGCUGGCCACUUACCUGAAUAUGUGAACCUAGUAGAUUAUAUCUCUAUGCACUUCUUUAAAGUGAUCACAUACUGAUGUGGCACUUUAACAAGAAAACAGCAUUCACACUCUGUAAGUGCCAUCGAAAAUCCACUGGCCCUCUCUCCAGUGUCCAUGGUGGUAUUUAAAAAAGCAUGAUUUUUUAAUAGCAGAUGCUGAAUUGGUAUAUUACUGACAUUUUCAGUCUUCAUUCUCAAGUUGUUAAUUAGGCAUGGCUAUACAUUGCAUGGGAUAAAGUCAAUAUUUUUAUUAAUAUUAAUAAAGCCUAACAAACAUGUCGAUUCUAGAUUUGGUUUUGAUAAAGAAUUAAAUUUAACAUAGAAUAUAUUUUAUUUUUAAUAUUGCAACCAAAGCUAACCAGGUACAUACUUUUGUCUCUGCCAAAAAUCACUAAAACCAGAUACAAAAAUAAGGGAAAAUAAUAUCACGUGCAGCCUGCCAUUGAUGUUACAAAAAAACUAUCAUUAUAACUGAAUGUAUUUAGGUAUGCCAUUCUUUACUGAUAAACUGAAGCUGAACUUAUGUGGUAACUGUUAAAUGCUAUAACUUAUAACAAUAGGCUCAGGUUCAAAUCAUCUGAGGAUGUCAAUGGCAGACCAUGGCCAUAGCUCUAAUUUUCUAUUUUGAGUUUUCACAUGCUCUAAAAUGCCUUAGAGAAAUAAAAUUAAGCUAAGGAAAUAUGUUGUUUGCCAAAAGAAAACGAGAUUUUGAUUUCUUAGUACCGGUAUUAGACUUUAUUAGGGAUAUUAGAAAUACAUUGGGCUAUAUUCUAUAUUAUAAUGCUUGAAAAGAAGUGACAUUCAUAUACAGACUACAAAUUCUAUUAAAAUUGUAACAUUUAUUUUUUUCUAGACUUCUGGUGAUUGUACAUUAGUUUCCGGACAGGUGAAAGGCCUUGCUCCAGGCAAACAUGGUUUCCAUAUUCACCAAUUUGGUGACUAUACUAAUGGUAAGUAAUAUAAGUUGUAUAAUGCAAUGCUAAAGUAACUUGUAGUUUUUUUGUUCCUCAUUUCUUUUUUUAAGCAAGUCUAAAUUCUUUUGUAGUUAACUGCAUUGAAAAUAUAAAUCCUCUGUAAGUACUCAGUGUUUCGCUUAGCAUCACAAUUAGUCUUCUUUCUUUGAAUAAUGCUCUAAUUUAAAACUAAAUAGCAAUACAAUUUUCUCAUACAAAACAAAAAGUAAUGAAAUUAAAUUAAAAAAAAAUUAAUCUAAUUUAUAUUUUUCAUCACAAUUCAGAUGUGACUAUUAAAUACAUAUUGCAGAUAUGAUUUUGAGAUUUUUUUGUUCUGACCGACAGGAUGUGUAAGUGCUGGAGCCCAUUUUAACCCAAAAAACAAGUCUCACGGUGGGCCAUUAGAUCAAGAAAGGUAAUUUGAAUGAAAUUAGUUUAACUAAAAAUGCUUUUCUGUACUAUCUGAUUUAUGUAUACUUCUAUUGAAAGACAGAUACAUUUGGAUAGAGAUUUUUAAACUUGUAUUUCAUUGCCGACUCUACAUAAAUAGGUAUAGCACAUGAACAUUUUACAAAGAAAUUCAAUAAAAUUCAAUAAUUCUCCCAAAGAAAGAUUGGAUUUAUCAGAUCAGAGUUGCCAAAUUUUAAUUCUCUAUCUUCAAUUUUAAGAAAGUUAUGAAUUUUUACAAAACUCUAGAGCAGCAUCAAAUUAAGUGUAAUUUCUAAAAAUACUAAGUUGGAAUUUUCAAAUCUCUUGCAUACACAGCCAGUUAUACAAACUCAAAAUUGUUUUCAGGGUUGUCACAAAGAUGUAAAAAUAAAUUUAUUCAUAUAAAAGUGCGCAAAAGCACAAUAAGACAGAUUUUCAAAAGGAAGACAAAAAUUCAAUUUUUUUUCAUUUUUAAAAAAUCUUAAACAUUUAACUUAUAAUAAAAAAUAUGGGUACGCAUAGCCGCUAUUUGGACCCGGGUCCCUUUAGACUAAAUCCCAUUCGGAUGUCAUUUGUGGUAGUUUUUUUAGUUAAAUUUAAGAAGUAAGUUUACAAACAUAUAUUAUUCCAUUUAAUUAUCUUUCAAUUGAUACGGUACCUCAUUUUGUCUGAAAAACCAAACAGAAAUAUUUUAAAUAGUUUUUUAAUCCCAACCUCUCACUUCUGGUACCCGGGUGGGAAUAGCCACUUCGAUGAAAUAAAAAGGCGUUUCAAAAAGAUUCCUAAUAGCCACUUCGAUGAAAUAAAAAGGCGUUUCAAAAAGAUUCCUUAACGAAACGAAAAAGCACUACAUUUCAGUAGAUCAAAGAUCGUAGAUAAAAUUAAUAAUUGAAUACUGGUUUGACCCAUCAGAGUUUAAUGUGCUGGGUUCGAUUUGCAUGUUUUAGCUGACGCUGGUGACUUAGUUACAAGCCUUUUGAACAUAAAUGGGGUGUUCACAAAUUUAAAACAUUUCUAUAUUAAAUUGGCUGGCCUUUCUGAAUAUAAUAUAGUUUUUUAUAUCUGUUAAAUGAUUUGAUCAUCUAAAAAACACAAGUUGAAUUUUGAAAUCAUUUAACAUUUGAUUAUGUUUUACAGCCUGCGAAGUUAUAUCAUAUAAUAUUAUAGAACUACAUCUGUACUUUUUAGUUUAGUUGCUUCUGAACACACAUAUAUAGUGGUAUAUUUUCUCUAUGAGUUGUCGCGGCCCCCAAAAAAAACCACAAAAAAACCUCUUGCCAUAGUGCAAACUGCAAGGUUCAUUUUGAAUACCAAUAUAAUUAUUUGUUUAAAAUGUUUCAGACAGGCAGGGGAUUUGGGAAAUAUAAUAGCAGGGGAUGAUGGCACAGCAAGUAGCAAGUAUUGAAUUUAAAGACUUGCAUAUUCCUCUCAUAGGAGAAAACUCAAUCAUUGGUCACAGUUCAUUUUGAAUACCAAUAUAAUUAUUUGUUUAAAAUGUUUCAGACAUGCAGGGGAUUUGGGAAAUAUAAUAGCAGGGGAUGAUGGCACAGCAAGUAUUGAAUUUAAAGACUCGCAUAUUCCUCUCAUAGGAGAAAACUCAAUCAUUGGUCGCAGUAUAGUGGUAAGUAUUUACAACAGCAGGUAACAAUGACUUUCAUUGAGAAUAAGUAUUCCAUUGCAAGAAAAACCAAGAAAAAAAUUAACCAUCAAUUAUUCUUUAUAAGAAGAGACAUUAGUAAAACUAUUCAACAUAUACAUUUUCAUAAAUUUAAGUCAUUGCCAAAAUACUAAUCCUUUGCAUUUUUAAUAAAAUAUAUAAAUAUGUUGUUGGCAAGUUAUCCUUCUCUGAAUAAUGCCUAUAUUAUGUUACCGUACUAAUUGUUCAUAUUUUAAUCCUCACUUCAUGUUUUGUUAUUUUUUUUUUUUAGGUGCAUGAAAAGGAAGAUGACCUUGGCAAAGGUGGUAAUGAUGAAAGUUUGAAGACGGGAAAUGCUGGUCCUCGUCUUGCUUGUGGUGUCAUUGGCAUCACCGCGUAAAUACAUGUUUAAUUUUCUUAUUAAGACACAAUUUAUUAAAAGAGCAGUUAAGUUCAUACUUUGUAAGUUUAUUCAUGCAUCCAAUAGAUCCAAUUCUGUUUUGCUAGAUUAUGAGCUGAGCAGCUUUAUUUCUUAUUCUUAGGUGUUUUUUUUUCAUCUGAGGAAUCUCAACUGUUGUCAUGCUAUUUUAAGAAGCUCCUAGUUAGGUUGACAUACCUUAAUUUAUUGCUCAAAUGAUCGCUGGAAAUUCCUUAGACCUUCUGAAUGGUUUUUAAAAAUGGCAAUUAUUUCUCAAGUCUUUGGUAAAAUAAGCAUCAGUAAAUUAAUUUAUUUGUCAUUGAAUGGAAGAUGUCUUUUCAGUUAUUAACUAAUUUUAUAGUUCAUAUUUUUUUACCAUGUUACACAUGAAAUAGAAACAUUUUGUUGGCAUUUCGUACUUGCUUAUUCAGAGUUUAAAGGAAAAUAUUAUUUGUCCAUCACUUUCCAUGUGUUCUAAAAAGUGAUUCUGUUUUUCAAUUUUGAUUGACUUUUUCUUGUGCACAAUAGCUGAGACUAAGAUAAUCAGAGCCCAGUUUUGGUGAAAUCAGGGAUUGGUAAACAGGAAGUUGUAAUUUAGUUUUUCUUUUUUUUAAAUUAGUCCAUGAAGAUGGGAGCUUUAGCUCCUUAUCAAUGUUAGACUUGGUGAAUUCUAUUAUAUGUACUUUUUUUCUAUCAUACACAUUUUAAGGAAGUUUUUACCCAUGUUUUGUAAUGAUGCAAAAUUCAGGCGGGAAAAAUUUUAUUUAAAUAAAGCUUAUUAAAAGUUAUUAUUGUUAAUAUUUGUAUAGGCACAAGAUGGGAAGAGUCAUUUCUCUCAUGUUUUAUCAAAUGAAUCCAUCUCUGUGUAGUUCAGUUUUCUAUUUUUUUUCGAUUGUUGACAUUACAUUUUUUUUUUUAUAGACCAUUUUUCACAAUAAAUAUUUUCCAAUACAAACAUGAGACAAUUGUAAAUUAUUUGUGGUUUAUUAUUCAUUGGUUCUGUGUUGUACUUCAGACAUGGCCAGUUCUGGAGCAUUACUUACUAAUUUUAAACUAUGACUGUGCCCUGUGUCGUAUUAGCUUUCAGGGCCACUGGCCUGUUUCUUGAUAUUUCAGAGAGAUGAUUGCUUCCAAAAUGUAGCACUGACGGCUAAAUGGAAUAGCAACAGUUGAGAAAGAUUUUACUGAACCCAGGAAAAAAACUUACAUGAGGCAUGAAUUUUUUUAGAGAAAAAUGUCAUCAUAUACUGGAUACUUUUAAAGGUUUUAGCAAAUCUACUUAGAUUUAUCAACCCUUGUUAAAUGGAUUUAAACAUGUUUGUACUGGUAAUAAAUGAAAAGCAUAUCCCAGGUGCUUGUUUUAAAGGAAAAAGUGUAAUUCUGCAUUGUUUAAAUCGUAAUAUGCAUUCAAUACAAACAUCAGUAUUAGUUGUAUUUAUUUCAUAAAUGACUUGAUCAUAAUCUUAACAUGGAGUUUGUGUUAAAUAAAUAGUCUGUUUCUUUAUUUCAAAAUUUGGCUGACAAUCUGUGGAUUGCCUCUGUGUUAACAUCAUGUUUGUUAUAUUUCCUGAUAUUAGCAGCCACACCAGCAACAGUACAUACUUUGUUACCGCCAAAGCUGAGAAAAUAAUUUACAAUUUCUUUAAAUGCAUUAUGCUAAGAAAGACUGUGCGGAAGUGUAGAUGAGCACUACAUAGUCUAUAUGAUAUGUAGUUAAAGUUAAAGGAUUGGAAUUCAAUGUAGACAAAAGUUUUUUAUUUAUUUUAAUUUUUUGAAAAUAUUUUCUGCACAGGCUUUCUUUGGGUGAUACAUCAAAUACAUGUUAAUAAUUUGUAAAUUAUUUUCUAAUUUUUAGUGCGUCUUAACUCAUUUUUGAUAGAAAGUAUUUUCUGACUGUAGUUUAAAAAACAUUUUUUGCUUAUUUGCUACUUUUUAUUAAUAAAAUUGUAAUCUUUAAAUAUGUUUAGACAAAAGUAUAAUUAUCUACUUUUUGAAAACAUCGAAUGCUUACAAAAUCCUGGUUGAAGUCACUUGUCUUAACUUUUACCUAGGCGUAAAACUAAAAAAAAUUUGAUUUUCUGAGCUCAUCCGCCCAUCCACUGAAAUGGCUGCCAAUUUGACAAAACAUGCAUACAAGUAACGCAUUUUAUAAGAAUCCCAGUUAGUGUGCCCCCACCCCAGGCACACCUCUGAACUACAUUAAUAUAAUGCCCCAUCUGCUUUUACACUGUAGAUUUAUUUCACCAACUAUAAAUUACAGAGAAAAACAAAAGAAAUUAAUGCGCACCAAACGUACUUGCAAUAUUUUGUUAAGAAUAUCAUUUAGUUCAGUCAUUGGGAAUGGUAUUUAGUGAAAGCAAUGUCAAAUAUCCUUCAGCUUAUCCUUAAGGGGGGAGGUACACCCUGAACACAGGUCGACUACUAAAAAAUUCACUAAAAAAAACUAUAUAAGUUACAAGUGUCUAAUCUUUAAGAGCAAACUAAACGAUCUUUAUGAACGAAUGACUCGCAGGCCGAGAGUUUGAGACCCCUAUCUUAGAUGCUUAUUUAUUAAUAUUC